UGAGUGGGAAACCGUGUGGGCGGGACUAUGUAGAAGUACUGUCCAUCUGUGGCGAUACCGACCCCCCAAAAAAUAAAAAAACUGGACUAACGGAGUGUCCGCUUACGUUGCUCUUCGCGUGAAGUAGUUUCUGCUUUUCUGGAGAGAGGAAAAAGUUUUCUUUUUUUUCCAGCGUGGGGAAAGAAUAAUAAGAAAGACACCUUCAGCUCAGCUGGUUGUGGGAAUUUGGCGACCUGGCUUCAGCAUUUGGGUCUCUCUUUGCAACUCCACAAAGUGAAGGUUGAUAUGCCACAUCAGUGAUGGAGCCCAUGACGGUGACUACGUCAGUGGUUGGACCGGAUGAGUUCGACCGUAAUGCCCCACGGAUCUGUGGAGUGUGUGGGGACAAAGCCACCGGCUUUCACUUCAACGCCAUGACCUGUGAAGGCUGCAAGGGUUUCUUCAGGCGCAGCAUGAAGCGUAAAGCCUCCUUCACCUGUCCGUUCAAUGGAAGCUGCACCAUCACGAAGGACAACCGGCGCCACUGCCAAGCCUGUCGCCUGAAACGCUGCAUUGACAUUGGCAUGAUGAAAGAGUUUAUUCUGACGGACGAGGAGGUUCAAAGAAAAAGGGAAAUGAUCAUGAAGAGGAAAGAGGAGGAGGCGGCUCGGGAGGCGCAGCGGCCACGGCUGGACGAUGAGCAGGCUCGGAUGAUCUCAAGUCUCGUGGAAGCUCACCACAAGACCUACGACACCUCCUAUUCUGACUUCACUCGCUUUAGGCCUCCGGUGCGCGACGGCCCGGUAACACGCAGCGCCAGCAGAGCCGCCUCUCUUCACUCUCUGUCUGAUGCCUCCUCUGAUUCAUUCAAUCACUCACCUGAGUCGGUGGACACCAAGAUGAACCUCAGCAGCCUGUUGAUGAUGUACCAGGAUGGCGCUAGUAGUCCAGACUCCUGCGAGGAGGACACUAAGCUCUCCAUGCUGCCCCACCUGGCUGACCUGGUCUCCUACAGCAUUCAGAAGGUCAUAGGCUUCGCCAAAAUGAUCCCAGGCUUCAGAGAGCUGACUGCAGAGGACCAGAUCGCUCUGUUAAAGUCCAGCGCCAUUGAGAUCAUCAUGCUGCGCUCAAACCAGUCGUUCAGUCUGGAGGACAUGUCCUGGAGCUGCGGGGGACCCGAUUUUAAAUACUGCGUCAACGAUGUUACAAAGGCGGGUCACACCCUGGAGCUGCUGGAGCCGCUGGUGAAGUUCCAAGUUGGUCUGAAGAAACUCAACCUGCACGAGGAGGAACAUGUGCUGCUCAUGGCCAUCUGCCUGCUGUCCCCAGACCGCCCCGGUGUCCAGGACCACGCCCGCAUCGAGCAGCUUCAGGACUGUCUCUCCGAGGCACUCCAGGCCUACAUCCGUGUCAACCACCCGGGGGGACGCCUCCUCUACGCCAAAAUGAUCCAGAAGCUGGCCGACCUGCGCAGCCUGAAUGAGGAGCACUCCAAGCAGUACGCCCGCUCGCUCUCCUUCCAGCCCGAGCACAGCAUGCAGCUCACCCCGCUGGUGCUGGAGGUGUUCGGCAGCGAGGUGUCGUAGCGGCACGGGAGGAGGAGUGUUUGCAUACGAACGCACUCAUCACACCGACGACCAUUCUGGCUUUCUUUCCCUCGACAAAACAUUGGACUAGUGGGAAAAUGAUGAAUGGUCUCACAUGCAGAUUUUCAGUCAGCCCCCCCCCAUCUCUCCUCGAGCAUCAAAACUAAACCAUAACGGAGCUCUGGAUUCACAAGUACACGAUUCUGCAUCCCUCGGGCCACCUGAUCCCGUUCUGAUCCUUGCAGAAACGACUCUGCAUCCGUUUUAGAUUUUCAUUUUUGUUUUCACACGCAGACAUCUCCGUUGGCUCAUCCGUUUUCACACCUGCAGAUUCCUUCUACCGGAGUCUACACCCCACAGUUUCUCUGUCUGUGGAUGCAUCCCUCGCACGCUCAUCCUCAUCUCCAUGUUUACCCAAACACACGGCAACGACAAGAGGAACGCUCCGAUUUACAUCUCUGAACUGUGUAGAUAGCUACAAACACUCUUGGUUUACAGUUUUCAACAACAUCCAAAUCACGUCAGUGGCCAGAAACCAGCUGAAAAGUCCUUUUUUUUUUUGACUGUUAUUUUAAUAUUUUGAUGCGAGCGGCGCCGGUGAGCUAUCUGGUGUGACCUGCUUUGUGAAUCUGUUGGAGACAUGAAGACUGAUGUUUCAGGUGGGAAGAACGGUGCAAUGUGGAGGACGGAAGGUGGAAGGGAGGAGCUUUCAGUUCCUGUUCAAGAAAGUGUAACAUAAGAAGAAUGUAUGUAUAAUUAUGUAAAAGAAUAUAUUUGCAUAUAGUAUCAAACAUUAGUCCCAGUGUUUGAUUGGACUGUGUACAGGCAGAAGUACUUCUGAGUGUUGAAUAAUAUAGAGGUUUGUAAGGCUCCUCGGUGACGUCUGUACGCAUCAUCCUUAAAGUGACAUGUACACACACACACACACACACACACACACACACACACACACUGAGAGGGUGAACUCCGAGGAGCCUUUCUAUUUUUGCUACGUGUACAGUGUGUGAGGCUAUAGAUGGACCACAAGGGGGCGUAUUUACAGGCUCUGGCCGAAGCUAAAGUGCAACACAGCACUUUUCUGUUGUACUUUCCGAAUUUUUUUAAUUUUUAAAAAAGUUUUUUUUUGGACCUGUGAAGUUUGUAGAUGGACAAACGUAGACGGCUUGUCAGAAAUAGUUGUUUGGCUCGUUGGAGUGCUGCUAAGAUGGAACUAGAUAGUUGGACAGAAACCAGCUGCCAGCUGUUGCCUCAGGGAAAGUGUUUUCCGACGUAUUGUGUUCUUGGUUUUUAUGGCGCGAGUGUGUGUGUGUGUGUGUGUGUGUGUGUGUGGCGUAAGCUUACAAUCAGGAGACGGAUUGUUUCUGAAGCUCUAGGCAUCACUGUGAUUUCUAAUCAUACUGAAUAACAGCAUAAGGAAGCUAAAGAAAUACACUUUUUUUAAAAAGAAAACAUUCUCAUUCCUAAACUUAUGAUUGUUUAAAAAAAGAGAAAGAUUAACUCACCGUUAACAAAAUGUUCAACGAUAUCAACCUACAUUUUAAUAUUUUUGGGGCUUAGCGAGUAUUCUAAAGGUGUGUAAUCCUAAAACCGUGUACAGUGUCUUUUUUCUAGAGUAAAAAACCUUCAGGUGUUUUUUUAAUAUCCGGCAUGAGAGCGAUUUUUCUACACCGACGAGAGCCAAACCGCUACGUUUUCAUGUCACAUGUAUGUCAUUUCAACACCAGACUCAUAAGCAAGGUUCAUCACUACUUUAUUACUACAUAUCAUGUUUCUGUUGGUGCAUGCUCACACUUCACGCUGGCCUGGAUCGCCCCCUUGUGGAGAAACCCUGUAAAUACCACUUGCCUAGUCUGUAAAUAGAAGCUAACGUAGGUUUAAAAAAUACUAAGAUAAUUCAACUGUUGAUGGGAGGAUGCUCUGGAGAUGCUGUUUUAUAUGCAAUUAAGAGACAAACGUUGUUUUUCUGCUUGAGUGGACACGGACGCAGAGCUGGAGAACUUAGUGAGUCGUUUAUGGAUGAAACUAAAAAGUAACUCAAUGAUGUUACUUAAACAUGUAUUCCAAUUAUGAACUCUGUUAAUAAUCCCAGUCGUGUUGAGAAAUCAAAAAUAAGAACUUACCAUCAUCUCACUAAGUUCUUUCCACUAAACGUCUCGUUUGUUUGUUCCAACAUUAUGGAUGUACGUCUUUUCCUUCUUCAAUCAAUAAGAUUUUGAUGAUAUAUACAUAUUAUUUUCAUUUAGGUGAUUAUUUUCCUUUUCUCAGUCAUGAUUGUUGGUUUUUAACGUGUGGCAGGAUUCGCUGACUAGCUAGCGAUUGGCUUUCUGCUCUGGAACGCCAAGAUGAGCCGUUCCCGCUUGUACGUCAACACGCCCCCUCUCACGUUGUCCUCGAGUUUUAAGCCGGGAAACUUUAACAGAAGGAUGUAGUGUGGGAAACGGUACCCAAGGAAAGCUUUUCCCUGGAGCGGUUACCUCCAAAGGCGGUCUGUGGAUCUUUGUUUCAGUGAACAACUCUGCCUCAGCUGGACUGAUACCGAAUUUAGCCAGCGGCAAACUGUUGCAGCAGACAACUUUGGCGUGCCUCUUCGUACAUCAGCCGUGCAUCCAGCCACCUCCUCAUCCUCAGCUACAGCAGCUCUUCUCUUCUUAGCUUUAAUCGAGCAGCCAGCCAAUCUCUGCUUUGGAAAUUCGAUGCACCAAAGGCCUGAUGGGAGUUUGGGAUUCAGGGGAGCAGCUGCUGCUGCGGGACUGGAUUCGUUUCAAAGCGGCUCCCCUGCCUGGCUUUGCAUCGGACCUUUUUCCAGACUGUGUACAAUUUGUAUAAAGAUCAUAGGAGAUAAAGUAUUUUUCAAAAUGGCCGCAGGUAGAUGUAGUGACAGGCAGAGUGAGAUGUCGCCUCUUAAACCCAAAGUGUGACAUAAUGGUUUUGUUUGACUCCGUGUCUCACAUCGCAGCUCUCCAAGCUCAGAUUUUUAACAUUAAUGGUUUAGUAAGUAUUAGUCAUAGAGACUUUUUUAUUUUAAUUUUAUAUUUUACGCUCAGUAUCAACAUCUACAUCAUCAAAGGAAUGCAGGACGGGCUGACGGGGUGAGAGGUCAUGCGUGGUUUUCAGGUUUCUCUGUUGACCUGCUGCUGUCCGCGUUUCCUUUCAUAUUCUCUUAUCUUUUAAAGAUUGUAUAUCUGAAACCUGUAAAAUGAACAUUCAGUGGAUCUCAAACUCUUUUCAUAAUUCCUGUUAAAACGAUGUCGUAUCUAUUAAAGGAAUUGUUUAAAGGUUUAUGCCAAAGCUUCUAAAACAUGAGACGUUUGCAAAGUUAGACACCAAAUUCUCCUCCAAGGGAAUCUCAUGAGUCGCCUGUGGUACAUGGCAAGAGUUUGAGAGCCUUAGCUGAUCUCAGAUCUGAUUUCCCUGUGCUUAUUAAACCUGAAAACACGCCGGAGCCUCCCGCCACGUCGCCCCUCGUCCCCUCAACCCAGGUCAGCAGCUCCACCUCAGUAGCCUUACAAAAAAACCUCACUAAGCUGGAAACAUUUAACAGAUACCUCAGUCGUUUACAGCAGAAUGACUUUUUACAAUAGCCUUUAAAGGGAGCCAAACACACACACACACACACACACACACACACACACACACACACACACACACACUACAACUCUCUCUAGCAGCUUUCACAGAUCUACAGGAUAGCCGACAGUGAUCUGGUGAGGGGUAUCAGUAAAUGAGUGGAUCCCAAUGUUUCUAAAUGUCACUGCUUUACUCAAAUCUUCUGGUUUCUGUCUUUCCGUGAUCUCGUCACGGUUUCGUCUCGUAGUCUCAAACAACCGGUGUUCUGCCAAACUUCGGCACUGUGUUUCCCAAAAAUACUACCUCUCUCCUGUCCGCACAUGCAAUUAUAUAUAAAUAUGUAUCAUGUUUUUGUCGCAGCGUGAUUGUGUCUGAUAUGAAAAAAGAUACAUUUUUAACACUAAUUGAGUUUUUUGUGUGCAGUAGUUUUUAUUUGAAACGCUGGAUGAUUUGUAUCUCUGAUUUCUACGAAAGCCGACAAAUCUUUCAUCUGCAGUGCAGAACGUUUGUCCCCCCCUUGUGGCGGUGAAAGUAAUUACAGCAAGGUUCAGAUUUGUCUUCAUAGAUUUGAAUUUUUUUUUUCCUGCGGAGGUUGUAACCAAGUCCUUUUGUUUCUUAUUAAAUUAGGAUGCUUUAGUUAAAGUUCCUGAAGUCCUUUUCAGAUGGAAGAGUCAACGCAAAUAUAAGGAUUUCAUCUCAGACUAAAGAAAAAGGCCACUGGAAAUUUGUUUUAUUUUAGUCAGUAACUGAUUUUAUUACUUCAGAGUUGUUAGCCAUUCCUGAUUAAAUAUAGCAAACCUAACUUUAUUUUUGUAAUAAAACCAUAAAAAAGCACUUUUAGCACCUUUUUAACCCACAUUUUAAAAAGUACGUGUCCCACAUGACGGCUUGUGGUCAUGUUUUCAAUUUCCAUUCAAACCCGUAAAAGUCCUGCACUCCCAUCGUUGAUGCCGUUGAUCUAGAUGCCUCUUUUGCACCUUUUCCUUCACUCGUGUGUUAGCAGGUUUAGGGCUAACACCCUAAGUGCUCGUGUUGAUCUGUUUUACUCCUAUUUUGUUACAUAAAACGGAUGUUUCCUGAUUUUUAUAGCAGCUCGGACCUAUUUCACACAAGAACUUAGCGCUGCCAUGCUAGCUUUUCUGGUUUUCUAAGCUGGUUGUGGCAGCUGAUUCAGGCCAUCUUCCCAAAGCCUCGUAUUAUUGAACAGUGUUAGAAAUUCCUGAGAAACUUGUUUGCACAAUUUGUACAAAUGUAACUUCUAAUAACUUUUAUCAAGACUAUAGAAAAGCAUAAACUAUGUAAUAAACAGAAAAACCCUAAAUGCUAAGAUGAUUAAAUAAGUAGACACGCCUCAGUCAGGCGGCUUGUCCCUAAAGCAAAAGGAAGUAAAAAUGUAACAAAAAAAAGAGAAAAUUUAACAAUAAAACCUGGAAUUAACGCCCGUCAGCAGGUUUUCUGUGUGCUUCUCUGUCCUCGACUGCCUGAUGAGGGUUUGCAACAUUGGGAUCCCGUGUUAGUUCUUCUAGGUACAAAUAAGGGUUUGAUAUGUUUGUUUUGCAGCCAGGCUUCUCUCUCUCUGUCACACACACACACACACACACACACACACACACACUGCAGCCCAUUACUCUCAGCAGUCUGCCUUCUAUUUCCCUCUAACUCUGGUUUGGGAUCUUUGUGAUGUUGUUCAGGAGAACCAGCCUUCUGUGAUGAACGAUUGACUUUAAGAUCUUAACUAAUCGAUUCAGCAGCUUAGACCUCUUAGGUCAAGUCUUUACAUCCACAUUUUUGGCAUUUUGUUUUUGUUUUGGCCUUUACUACGGAAAAUGUGAGUUUCACUUGAAAAGAGUGUCACACUGCUCGCCUGUCAGAAGGUCAUUUCAUACAAAAUGAUGGUUUAAUGAUACUUUACACUUACUUCACCUGUAAUCUGAGAAAAUGACUGAACCCUAAAUGUUCCACCCUUGUUAAAGACCAAAUUCACUAACAAACUGUUCUUUUUUAAAGACGAUACUUGCAUGCAGGCUAAAUGUGGAAAUAGCCUUCUAACCGAAUUUUCCUGUCAGACUCGACGUAGAAGAAGCCACACAGAUCUACGUCACACUGUCGUAUCUUUGAUUGUGACGAGGGUGGCUGUUGUUGUUUUAGCGUCCAGUGAACAACAGAGAACGUCUUAGCUAGUAGAGGCUAAUCGUUAGCAUUAGCCACUCCACCACACAGCAGAACUCCUUGUGUUAUUUGUGGAGAUACACCAGCGUUGCAGAGCAAACAGUCAGUGGUAGAGUCACGUUGCUGUUAGCCAAUCAGACGUGAGAUGUCCUAAUACUCAAAAUCCAGCACUUUUCUGCGCUUUUCCAACAAACUUCUGCCUUCUGAAGCAGGAACACCAGAACUUUUUCCCACAGAGGUCGACUCAUGAAGCUUUCUCCCAUUCUCUCGUGUGAGAGACCACUGCAAAUCUAGUGAACUUUGUCUUUAACAGGUGGAAAGUUUCAGUUCAUCUGUCGCUCUGGUUGCGUUUCUCUGCUACCUCUUUAAAUAUACGCUUGCUAACACACACACACUCACUCACGCACUUAAAGCAAUGCAUUCACAGGUGAACUUACUGACUCAUAAAGACCGUGAACACAGUACACUCGUUCAGACAAACACACACGUGUGCACUUCUCGUUCCCUCACCAGCAGUUAUUUGCCAAUGAUGCACUUGUGCUUCUGUCUCAUAAAUGCUCUGCGAACGUAUGAAGUCUGAAAGCGAUUUAUUAUCAAUGUAUAUUUUCUUCUCUUAUUCUGAAAAAUGGCUAUAACAGAACCUGACAUGGACAGGUUUUUAACUGGUAUGUACAUUUGGAACGUCUUUUAGAGAGAGAUUGUAAAUGCACAUACUGCUCUGCUCAGUCGUACCUUGGUGUGCCUCGAACCCACAGCCUUAUUUUGGGACUAUAUCAGGGGUUUUAAGCCAGAAUACAAAUCUUUCUGUAUUACAUAGUUUCAUUGAGUUUUAUAUAUAUAUAUGUAUAUAUAUAUAUAUAUAUAUAUAUAUAUAUAUAUAUAUAUAUAUAUAUAUGUAUCAACACAUUUGCUAAUUUCCUGAAUUAUUGUAAGAGAUUUCCAAGCCAAUAGUAGCGUGCUUGCAGGAGGUGCAUGUCGUCCAAAAGGAUGUGCAAAGCCACUCUGCUAGCUGUGAUUUAGUCAGUACCUUUAUUUAUUCCCUUUUAAAAGUCCCUAUAGAAUAAAUAAAUAAAUGUAAAGAGAAAAAAUUCUAGAGCUGUUGUGCUGAUGUAGCAGAGUGUGAUGAAAAUCGAAAUUUAUGUGAUUUGACUUAAUUUAAACCUGUUUGUAAGAACGUCCUGUACACAGAUCUAAUGUAAUAAUUAUUUGAGCAAAAAAAGUUUUUAUUUUUAUUUUACUUUUAAGCCUGAGUCCCAAGAUAAGUACCUUUACCUCCUCACCUGCGCACUACCCUGCAGUAAAAAGUCACUAGACUGUAGGGCUUCAUGCUGAAGUCAGUAUUCACAGUUGCCAUGGCGAUGCUAUCAUGGCACCAUUAACAGCCUUUUAUGAAAAAUAGUGGUAUGCAUAAGUACCUUAACUAAUGUGUCUGUUUUUGCUCAAAUCACCUUUUUUUUAAGACUUGUAUUUAUUUUUGGUGUCCCCCCCACACCCCACACCCCACCCCGUUAUCAUGCAGAUUUCUUUUGAUCACCAUUAUUGUAUGUAGUUAAAAUAUUGAUGAUGUUUUGGGGAAAUCACAAAUAAAACCGCUGUACAUAUUGGUGCAAAACAA